AUGCUACCCCAGCCCCUGCCCACAGGUGCAACAGGGCAGACAUCAUCAAGCACCGCGCCCACAACAGAACCCCCAACCACACACCAAGAUGGGACAAACUUAUCUGGCAAGAGGUCCCCAGCCAGUGACAAGCACUCAGGACUGCCCAGGGAGACAUAUUAUCCAGCUCAGCUCUACCACUGCCGCUCAGCUGAUCCAAAUACCGGCAACCCCACAUCCAAGAAGAGGACACAAUCCCUCCACCCCAUAUGCUGCAGCACCUCCUCGCCAACCUCAAGCCCGCUGCCUCGAUCCUGCCUCGGACGCAAUAGCCAGCUGAGCAGCACACCACCAAGCCCGCCCAACCAUCCGGCAAGCGCCAGCAGCCCCAGCCCAUUCCCAUUAGUUCAUGAGAGGGAAACAUGCACCAGCCGGGUAACCGGGUCAGGCAGGUCAACCGCUCCAGGCCAAGCACAAUCCACCAGCCACACCAGUGCAGGCACAAGACAUGCUCCACUGCCCCACCCACCAGCCAGCCAGCCCCACACACCCACACCCAAACCCCGGAUAUGCCCUAAGAUGCCGGCCACCCACACUCCCACACGGUACACCCCGCUGCACGAAGCAGGCCGACUGGCCAGCCCCUCCACCAAAUUGAAGCCACAUCUCAAUUAA